AUAAUUUUUAAGGAAAUUACAAGUUAAGCAGAACAUACUUGGGAAUGGCAAAGAAAAGGACUGACCUGAAAAGAAGAACACCAUCAACUUUGUGCAAUGUUCUCUUAGAUCUUGUCUAAUAAACUCGUUCUAAAAGUUGACGAUUAAUCCUUUUUCACCCACUAUUAAAUUGCAGCCCAAAGUUAAAGCAAAAUCUUAUUGUGAAAAAUUUGCUAGGAGGGAAAAAAAAACAUAAACACAAAUUUGUUAUCUUACUAUAUGUUUCUUUUGGCUUUAAGCAAACUUGAAACAAGGAAUCCAAUGUUAAUAUUGACAAAAAUCAUUGAAGAAACAAACAGUUCAACAUUUCUUUUUUGGAUUUUACUUCUUUCUACUUUUGACUUAAAUCUCACAUUAUUUGUCCUGAUCAACAAAUUUACUUCCCCCAAACUCUAGCAUCAAGAUCUUUACUUUCUGGCUUUCUUUGUGUUCUGGAAAGUAAAAUGUCAUCCUCAAAUAUGAGGGAAAAUUCAAGAACAAGAUCAGGAAAUUAUCCUAGUUACAGUGGGAUUGUCAGAAGGAUGGUAAAUCUACCAAGAAACAUUAUAGGAGGAGUUUCAAGGGCAAUGGUACAAGGGAUUGAUUUAGUAGGCAGGCUAGAAAGAAGAAACCAAAUAUAUCCCCCUGCACCGCCUCCGCCGCUUCUACCCUCACCACCACCACCUCAGUUUCCAUUAUUUCCCCCUCACUACGCGCCGGAAACGCCGUUGAUAACUGAUGAAUGGGCAUUUUUAAACAAUUUUGAGCUGAAUUAUGGGGCAAUACACCCUUUCUUUUAUGCUUGUAGAUUCACUCAAGCCUUAAAGAUUGCCCAAGAUGAGAAAAAAUUUAUGUUCAUGUAUCUACAUUCUCCAGAUCAUCCGUUUACAGCAGAUUUCUGCAGUCAGACUUUGUGUUCAGAGAUUAUAGUUCAGUUCCUUGAUGCUAAUUUUGUUAGUUGGGGUGCAAUAUCUGAUAAAGGGGAGGGUUUGCAGAUGAGUGAGACUUUAAGGCCAGCUAGUUUUCCCUUUUCUGCUGUUAUUGCUCCUGCUUCUGGUGGUAAUAUUUCUGUGCUGCAACAGAUUGAAGGGCCAGUAUCACCAGCAGAAUUACUAGAAUUAUUACAGGGGACAUUGGAAGAACAAGGAGUUGCCUUUGGCAGUGAUAGAGACAAUGAGGAAGGCAGGAGGAACGAGGAACGUCGGUUGAAAGAAGAACAAGAUGCUGCAUAUCUUGCAGCCCUCAAACUAGAUCAGGAGCGGGAUAAGCUUAAGAAUAUGCCUCCAGAACAAACAGCUCACAAACCAGAAGCAUCAAACACAGUAUUAAGUCAGGGGCCAAAGCAAAAUCCUAUACUUAACAAAGUUUGUCAAGUCAGAGAAUCAGCAGCAACAAAUAGAGAAAAUCUUCACAAGGAUAGUCAUAGUAGUGUCAAUGAGGCCCAAAAUCCUCAAGUCACGCAGAUAUUAAUAAGGUUUCCGAAUGGCGAACGAAAGGAGCAUAGCUUCUCAGCAACAGACAAGGUGCAGGCAAUUUACUACUAUAUAGAUUCACUUGGUUUACCUGGAACUGAGAAUUACAGAUUAAUAUCAAGCUUUCCAAGAAAAGUUUAUGGUGCUGAUCAUUUGGACAUGACUUUAAAAGAUGCUGGCCUUCAUCCUAGAGCUAGCUUGUUGUUGGACCUUGUUUAGUUCCAUAGUUUCUUUUUUAAGGUUUCGGACUCGUGUAGUGAUAUUCCAUAUUAAAAGCUCUUGUUUGUUUUUACUACUA